UCCUCCUGAAUGCCCGCCUCGCGCCCUCGACGAUGGUGGUGACGACCGCACGCCGCGGCCGCGGUGCGCACGGUGCGCCGGUGCUCCCCGAGAGCGUGUCCGCCUCGCGGCCUCGGGUGAGCAUCACCCGAAGCAGCACCAAACUGAGGCUUUCCCUCCCGGGCGGGGACCCCGCCUCCGAAACCUUCGUCCCCGAAGGCCCUGGAGCCACCCUGCGAGCGCAGCCCCAGGCGCGGCCAACAAGAAUCCCGCGCGCGGCGGGCCAUGGGGGCCCUUCCAGGGAGGCAGGAGAGAGGAGGAGGAGGGGGUGCUCACGGCAACCAGCACCGAGGACACGCCACCCAGGUGCCCGCGGCACGGUGGCGGCCACGUCUCGAAUGCUCCGCGCGUGCCCGCGCUGCCUCGAGCCCCUGGCGCCCCAUCCCCUGCCCCCGAGGCAACUACGGGCACUCCCCAGCC